CAAGCUUCCAUUCAGAUGUCACAACUCAGUCAGCAGAGAAUUUAUAGUGGGAAAAACCCCUUUGCUUGCAAGGUAUGUGGGAAAGUCUUCAGCCACAAAUCAAAUCUCAUGGAGCAUGAGCAUUUUCAUACUAGAGAGAAACCCUUUGAAUGCAAUGAAUGUGGAAAAGCCUUUAUCCAAAAGCAGUAUGUCAUUAAACAUCAGAACACCCAUACUGGAGAGAAGCUUUUUGAAUGUAAUGAAUGUGGAAAAUCUUUCAGCCAGAAGGAAAACCUCCUUACCCAUCAGAAAAUUCACACUGGAGAGAAACCCCUUGAGUGUAAAGAUUGUGGGAAAGCUUUCAUACAAAAGUCAAAUCUCAUCCGACACCAGAGAACUCACAUGGAAGAGAAGCCCUUUGUGUGUAAGGAGUGUGGAAAAACCUUUAGUGGCAAAUCAAACCUUACUGAGCAUGAGAAAAUCCACAUUAGGGAGAAGCCCUUUAAAUGUAAUGAAUGUGGAAAAGAUUUUGGCCAGAAGAAGUACCUCAUAAAACAUCAAAACAUUCACACUGGAGAGAAACCCUAUGAAUGUAAUGAAUGCGGAAAAGCCUUCUCUCAAAGAACAUCACUUAUUGUACAUGUGAGAAUUCAUUCAGGAGAUAAACCUGAUGAAUGCAACGUGUGUGGAAAAGCCUUCUCUCAGAGUUCAUCUCUUACUGUUCAUGUGAGAAGCCAUACAGGUGAGAAACCCUAUGGUUGCAAUGAAUGUGGGAAAGCUUUCUCUCAAUUCUCAACCCUUGCUUUGCAUUUGAGAAUACACACAGGUAAGAAGCCUUAUAAAUGUAGUGAAUGUGGGAAAGCUUUUAGCCAGAAGUCACACCACAUUACACACCAGAAAAUCCAUACUCAUUAAGAGCCCUGUGAAUACCUUGAAAAUGGCAAAGUUUUCAUCAGGAAUUUACAACUCAGUGAAUCAGAAAGAAUCACUCUGAAGCAAAAGCAUCGUGAAUGAGGUAAACUAACAAAUACUAAAAGCUUACUGGACAUGAGAGAAUUCAUACCGAAGAGAAAGACAUUUAUAUGAUAAAAAGCCUACAAAAAAACCUAUAGCAAAGGUAAUACUGAAACUUUAGACACAUUUCCACUAAAAUGGAAACGAAACAUAACCAUUAGCCAUUGCUGU